AGCCGUAAUGAAACAUGGCGUCUCAAUGGCCUCGCGAUGGGAUAUCGAAACCGAUGUUCUUGUGACAAAGGUGCCGCUUGACACGUCUUACGUUUGUAUGUUUCCCUGACCUGAGUGGACGAAAGCAGCUAUUGUUAUUUUGUGGAUCGCUCGUGCUUCGCGCCGGCCAGCUGCAUAGCGCAUAUUCUCGCUAAAGUUGAUGUGUCGGGGCGCGUCCAACCAGCUGCGUUUGUUUUGGUGCGAACGCCGAAGCGACAGCGAUCGGUGAAAGCGCCGAGCCGCCUGGUUACGUAAGGACUUUAAGCGCCAGAGCAUGGAAGAGAAAUCGCCCGCUGGAUCUCCGAACAGAGUGAGCGUUGAGAAGCAGAAGCGCAUUUUCAAGAUAAUCGUCAUCGGAGACACAAAUGUUGGCAAGACGUGUCUGACAUACCGCUUCUGUUGCGGAAAGUUUCCUGCUAAAACGGAGGCUACUAUUGGAGUCGACUUUCGCGAAAGGACAGUUGAAGUAGACGGUGAGCAGAUUAAGCUCCAGCUAUGGGACACAGCUGGCCAGGAGCGGUUUCGCAAGAGCAUGGUGCAGCACUACUACCGCAAUGUGCAUGCUGUGGUGUUUGUCUAUGACGUCACGAGGAUGGCAUCCUACCAGAGCCUGCCUCUCUGGGUCGAGGAAUGUGAUGAGCACCAGCUUACCUCGGAGAUUCCUCGCAUCCUUGUUGGUAACAAGUGUGAUUGCAGAGACAAGGCUGCGGUGAGCACCAACAUGGCUCAGAAGUUUGCUGAUAUGCACAACAUGCCACUCUUUGAGACUUCAGCCAUGGAUGAGAGUGAGUCGGACCAUAUAGAGGCCAUCUUCAUGACCUUGGCUCACAAGCUAAAGAACAGCAAGCCCAUGAUGACACCAUCACACUGGCAGGCAGAGGAGCGCUCACGCUCUGUACUGCUACGUCAUGCCAACGAUCGAUCAUAUUCAGACUCUUCUUGCUCCUGUUGAGACUUAGUCGUAUUGACAAUUCUCUAGCCUUUUGCCAAUGGCAUACGCACACAAAUAUCUGGUCCUUUUCUUGUUUUGCUUCCACUGCAGUGCAUUAUGCGAUGACCAGAUGCCACUGUAAGGAUAUUAAUGUACAGCGGUUUACUGAAAGACAGGUUUAUAUUGCAGCUUUUAAGGUGCGUUUUCUUUAGGCUUUGACGUGCACUUUCUGUCGACAUCACUGUUCCGAACAUGUAGAAAGUGAGGAGACUAGAAUGUGUCAAGCUAACCUGUGACCUAUAAGCGUUAUUCGCAACAUGUGAAUAGUUGUAUGCACAGCUGCUAAAUUGUGUGCAUCAUACUGCAAUUUCAGGUGCUAUGAUGUCAUGCUCAGAUGUAGUGUAUUUACGUGUUGAUCCGCAUCCUCUAGCUUUUAGCUCAUACGCAACAGCCGGUAAAUGUGCGCUCCAAUAGAAGAUCAGCGUCACAUUAUUGAAAACAUAUUUACCACUAAGCCUCGAUUCACUCUUACCGGUGCACCAAAAAUAGAUGCACACAGUGAACACUAUUUAUUCUUGUGGGUGUUAUUCUCUUUUUAAUAUUCAUCAUGCAAUGGAGCCGAGAUGUCAUAAAACAGGUAGCAGCUUCCCGGUGGAGUUCGUAGAAAAAUUCAAGCAGCUAUCAAGGCAGAGCAUUGUCUGAAUACCAGCUGUUGUUGUUGGAAUGAGCCAGCUCAGAUGAAUUCAUUCUAUGCAUAUGUUUUUUGAGAUCACGGCAGUAACAUUCCAUGUUGUGUCGCUGUCUUCUCCUCUCAGAUCAGCGCAGCAGCAAGGCUAUGCCUACAACCAACUUGAUCUCUUUGCCGUAGUCUGCGAAGGAUUUAGUGCAUACUGAAUCACUUCAACUGAGAAACCUCUUGGCUGCCUUUUUGUGGUGACGUUUUUUACACUGUAAUGCUUAUAUUAAACACUAGAUAGAGAAAAUAUUUUGCAGCCCUAUUUGCUGUAGUAACGUGUAAAAAUAGGACGUACAAGUAAUCAUUUAAGUUGUAAAUGAGCUUUUAUUUAAGCACUAUGCUGCUCAAUAAUCUUGAUGCACAUUUUGGUGGCAGUGCUCUGCAGAUGCACGGUGUUUGUGCAGCUAUAUAUGAGGCUUAAUAUUGCCUUAGUUGCGAUUUAUUGAGAUGCUAAAGGCAAGUGACAAAAAAUUUAAAAAGGAAGCUGGUGCCAAUGCUGUGUCAACAACCGCAAGCUCUUGGAAGUGCUCGAAGCAUGCUUUCUGUAAAACACAGAAAACUUUACUGAACGGUGUCUUCUUCCUGGGAUCUGCUUAACGAUGAGCUGUGAUGAUGAACAGGCGUAUAGUACUGUUGAAUUUUCAUAAAACAAGAUUUCACAUGCUAUGGUUAUGAGAGACUACCUCACCGGCUGUAAUAAACAGCACUCUUAGGAUUUAUGCCAAAAAGUAUUAAUGGAAUUGCCUCUGGCUUCACUUUUUUGCUACUUUUUUAUCAGUUGUCCUUAGCAUCUAAAACUACAUCAAUGCACCAUCCCUGUGAUUUCUGGUUUAUGUGUCAAUUUACUGAUAGAAGAAUGAAAUUGAAUGUGCCAGUUUGACUGACACAGUGGCUUGCUGUAUACAAAAUGCCACUUAAUGUUUACCCAUUAUGACUCAACAUUUGGCCUUUCCUGGAAGCCAAGUUGAGUAUAAGUUUACAGUGUAGCAGGGCACGUAAGAAAACAAUGGAAAGGUGAACAUCAAAUGUUACCAGCUCCCCAUGGAAUAUGUUGCAACAGCAUUGUGCUCGAUGCCAUGAAAUAUCGUUGGCGUUCUCUGCUGCUACCACUUUUAUAAUCUUGGCUAAAAAAUGGAAGCAUUAGUUUCAGGUGCGUUAUGUCAGUGACCAGCAUGUGUUUUGAAGCUUGUAAAAAAAUAUAUACUGAAUGGCAUUUCUGCACUGGAGCUUUCUUCAUCAAUGUCCAUUGAUAGUUUUGUCGUUUUAGAAGAACCUGCACUCAAAAGAGUCCUUGCUGUUCAACAGGUUGCUUUAUAUUGUUGGGUGUACUGAUUUAUGUCAGUGCCUAUUUCAACAAAUAAAAGACUCUUAAACUUCUUGUUUUCAUAA